AUGGACGGCAUAAGUCGUGUCUAUCUCUUCGGAGAUCAGACCGCUGAUUUCGACUCCGGUCUUCGCCGCCUUGUGCACGCCAAAAAUGACUCCCUACUGAUAGCUUUCUUUCAAAAGAGCUACCAUGCUUUGCGUGAGGAAAUCAGCAAGCUUCCACAAUCUGAGCGGCAGAUGUUCCCUCGCUUCACGAGCAUUGUCGAUCUCCUGAAAAGAUACCGAGUUUCAGGACCAAACCCGGCCUUGGAGAGUGCAUUGACAACUAUAUAUCAGCUUGGCAGCUUCAUCCAUGAAUUUGAGGGACUGACAGUUUGUGACAGCUAUUACGGUGACCUUGGCAACCCUUAUCCUUCUGGAUCAGAGAGCUGUAUCAUCGGUCUUUGCACUGGCGAGCUUGCUUCAGCAGCUGUGAGCUCAUCCAAGACUGUGGGAGAACUCAUUUUGGCUGGUGUUGAGACUGUUGUUCUGGCGCUCAGACUUGGAAUGUGUGUUGUUAAAGUGCGAGAACUCGUUGAAGAGAGCAGAUCAGUUCCUCCAAACUGGUCUGUUUUGGUAUCAGGAAUCCGAGAACAGGAGGCACAGAAGUUGAUCCAGCAGUUUAGCGAAGACAACGCGCUUCCUCGGGUUUCCUGGCCUUAUAUCAGUGCUUUUGGCAUGAGUGGUCUCACUAUUAGUGGCCCUCCAAGCGUCUUGGAUCACUUUAUCGACAGCCACCUCUCAAAGAAGUACAAGCCUGUGAAGGCCCCCAUCCACGGACCUUAUCAUGCUCCGCACCUUUAUGAUGAGAAGGAUGUCAACAGAAUCAUGCAAUCUUGGCCUAGCGAGAAGUUCGCAGCCUAUGUUCCUCAAAUUCCCGUUUUCUCAAGUGCAACUGGGAAGAGAUCUGAGGCUGCAAAUCUUGAAGAGCUUCUCAAAAAUUCGCUCGAGGAGAUUCUUUUGCAGCAGCUUUGCUGGGAUAAAGUCGUUGACUCUUGCACCUCUGAGUUGACAUCAUCAGCCACAGAGAAAUGCACUUUGCUACCUGUUUCUACAACUGCUACACAAAGCCUCUAUUCGUCCUUGACGAAGGGCGGUAUCUCAAAGAUCGAGGUUGAUAGUGAAAUUGGUGAUGUGGCAAAAGACCCAGAGGGAUCCAACCAAACUGGCCGUGCUGAGCAGUCUAAAAUCGCAAUUAUUGGUCUCUCCGGUCGAUUUCCCGAAGCUCAAGACACAGAGGCCCUUUGGGAUCUUCUUUACAAGGGACUUGAUGUCCACCGUGAAGUUCCGGCUGAGCGCUGGGAUGUCAAGGCCCAUGUUGAUAUGGAAGGAAACAAGCGGAACACAAGCAGAGUUCAGUAUGGCUGCUGGAUCAAUGAGCCCGGCUAUUUUGAUCCCAGAUUUUUCAACAUGUCCCCCCGUGAGGCGCUGCAAGCUGAUCCUGCUCAACGACUUGCUCUUCUUACCGCUUAUGAAGCCUUCGAGAUGGCCGGUUUUAUCCCGGACAGCACCCCAUCCACUCAGAAAAAUCGGGUUGGUGUGUUCUAUGGAAUGACCAGUGAUGAUUACCGUGAGAUCAACAGUGGCCAGGACAUUGACACUUAUUUUAUUCCCGGCGGUAACCGUGCUUUCACACCUGGACGUAUCAAUUACUACUUCAAAUUUAGCGGCCCCAGUGUCAGUGUCGACACAGCCUGCUCUUCCAGUCUUGCGGCAAUUCAUAUUGCUUGUAACUCCCUCUGGAGAAACGAGUGUGAUUCUGCCGUGGCAGGUGGUGUCAAUAUCCUAACAAACCCUGAUAACCACGCCGGUCUUGAUCGUGGCCACUUCCUUUCGCGAACUGGAAACUGCACCACUUUUGAUGAUGCUGCCGACGGCUAUUGCCGUGCUGAUGGUAUUGGUUCAAUUGUUUUGAAGAGACUUGAGGAUGCCCAGGCCGAUAACGACCCUAUUUAUGGUGUUAUCUCUGGUGCAUACACCAACCACUCUGCUGAGUCGGUGUCUAUUACUCGUCCCCAUGUCGGUGCACAGGCCUUCAUCUUCGAUAAGUUGCUCAAUGAGGCAGAUGUUGAUCCCAAGGAUGUCAGCUACAUUGAAAUGCACGGCACCGGAACUCAAGCUGGAGACGCGGUAGAGAUGCAAUCCGUUCUUUCUACUUUUGCACCAGAUUACCGCCGUGGACCGACCCAGUCCCUUCAUUUAGGUUCUGCCAAGUCAAACAUUGGUCAUGGAGAAUCUGCUUCUGGUGUUUCGGCUCUAGUCAAGGUCUUGGUGAUGAUGCAGAAGAACAUGAUCCCUCCUCACUGUGGUAUCAAGACAAAGAUCAACCACAACUUCCCGACUGAUCUCCAAAAACGUAAUGUGCACAUUGCUAUGGAGCCCACUCCAUGGAACCGACCGGAAGAUGGCAAACGCAGGUCUUUUAUCAAUAACUUCUCAGCGGCCGGUGGAAACACAGCGUUGUUGGUUGAGGAUGGCCCUUUGCGCGAGCGAAGUGGAAAAGAUCCGCGGUCUGUUUAUCCCGUCACACUCUCUGCGAGAUCUCAGUCUGCCUUGAAAAACAAUGUUGCUGCUCUGAUUCAAUACAUCGACAAAAACAGAAAUCAAUUCAGUGUCGAUGAACACAGCCUUCUUGCUAGCCUAUCUUACACCACCACCGCUAGGCGGAUCCACCACCCAUUCAGAGUUACCGCUACUGGAUCUACUCUGGAGGAAAUCCGCAACGGCUUGAACUCAAGUGUAAGCCGUGAGAGUAUAACACCCUCUCCUGCAACUUCUCCUGGAGUUGGGUUCAUUUUCACUGGCCAGGGUGCUCAAUACACGGGUAUGGGACGCCAGCUGUUUGAAAAUAACAUGCUCUUCCGAACUCACAUUGAGCACUUCGAUCGUCUUGUCCAAAGUCAAGGCUUCCCAUCAAUUCUCCCAUUGGUUGACGGAAGUGUUCCUGUUGACCAACUGAGCCCGGUUGUCACUCAGCUGGGAACAACUUGCAUUCAGAUGGCUCUGACCAAGUACUGGAUCACUCUUGGCGUCCAGCCCUCAUUUGUCCUCGGCCACAGCUUAGGUGAAUACGCUGCUCUGAACGCCUCAGGAAUUCUCACUACCAGCGAUACUAUUUAUCUUGCUGGCCGCCGAGCUCAGCUUCUUACUGAGAAGUGCCAGGCAGGUACCCACGCUAUGCUGGCCGUCAAGACGUCGGCAGUUCAGGUAAAGCAAUACUUGCAAGAUGGCGUCACAGAAGUGGCUUGCAUCAAUGCACCCAGUGAGACUGUCAUCAGCGGAGCGAGUGAGAAGAUUGACCAGCUUGCCUCCAAGCUGACAAGCGAAGGUUUCAAAGCCACCAAGCUGAACGUACCUUUCGCUUUCCACUCUGCUCAAGUUGAGCCGAUCCUUGAGACCCUUGCGGAGGUUGCAAAGGGAGUAACUUUCCAUGAACCCUCGAUUCCAUUCGUGUCGGCUCUUCUUGGCGAUGUGCUGAAAGAGGCCAAUCCAGAAGUUAUGGGUCCUAGCUACCUGACCCGACACUGCCGAGAGGCUGUCAACUUCCUGGCAGCUCUGGAGGCCACUCGUCACGCCAAGCUUAUGGGCGAAAAAACAGUCUGGGUUGAAAUCGGCUCCCACCCUGUUUGCUCCGGCAUGGUCAAGUCCACCUUUGGUCCCCAGGCAACCACCGUUGCUUCUCUUCGCCGCCAGGAGGACACCUGGAAGGUCCUGUCCAACAGCUUGUCGACUCUCUACAUGGCUGGUCUUGAUCUGCGCUGGAAGGAGUAUCACCAAGAUUUCAGCUACAUGCACGAAGUCCUUAACCUUCCUGCGUAUAAGUGGGAUCUGAAGAACUAUUGGAUCCCUUACACCAACAACUUCUGUUUGCUCAAGGGUGCACCUGCUGAACCUGUUGCUGAUAUCCAACCUGUUUCAACCUUCCUGACCAGUGCAGCACAGAAGAUCUUAGAGACCAGUGGUGACAAGACAAGUGCAACUGUAGUCAUCGAAAAUGACAUUGCGGACCCAGAAUUGAACCGCGUGAUUCAGGGUCACAAGGUAAAUGGUGCUGCUCUUUGUCCAUCGUCUCUCUACGCAGAUAUUGCCCAAACUUUGGGUGAAUUUUUGGUUGAGAAGUAUAUGCCCGAGUGGAAGGAUCGUGGGUUCGAUGUUUGCAAUGUUGUGGUGCCAAAGCCCCUUAUUGCCAAGGGUGGCAAACAGCUGUUCCGAGUCUCUGCUACAGCCAACUGGGGCGAUGAGAGUGCUCAACUCAAGAUUUGGUCUGUUACCCCAGAAGGCAAGAAGAUUGUCGACCACGCUACUUGCAUGGUCAAGUUCUUUGACACUGCUGCCGUGGAGGCUGAGUGGAAGCGAAGCACUUACCUGAUCAAGAGAAGCAUAGAGCAUCUCAAGGAAAGCACUGAGACUGGCCAGGCUCACAGGAUGAAGCGCGGCAUGGUCUACAAACUGUUCGCUACUCUCGUUGAUUAUGACGAUAACUACAAGUCCAUCCAAGAAGUUAUCCUCGACAGCUAUCAGCACGAGGCUACUGCUCUGGUCAAGUUCCAAGCUCCUACUGGAAACUUCCAUCGCAACCCAUUCUGGAUUGAUAGCAUUGGUCACUUGUCUGGUUUCAUCAUGAAUGCCAGUGAUGCCACUGAUUCCAAAAAUGAGGUCUUUGUCAACCAUGGCUGGGACUCGAUGCGUUGCUUGAGGAAGUUUGACCCUAACGUCACCUACCGCACAUAUGUGCGCAUGCAGCCUUGGAAGAAUUCAAUCUGGGCAGGUGAUGUAUAUCUGUUUGAUGGGGAUGAUAUUGUUGCUCUGUACGGUGGAGUCAAGUUCCAAUCACUGGCACGAAAGAUUCUGGAUGUUGCCCUUCCACCUGCCGGUGCUGAUGCACCUGCUAAGACUGUUGCUAAAGCACCUGUCAAAGCUAGACCUGCACUUAUUGAUGUACAGAAGUCGAACGCUGCAGUCAGCAAGAGUCCAGCUCGGGUUGCGGUUUCGCCCAAGUCUCCUGGCUCAUCCCUUGCCGUACGAGCGCUUCAAAUCCUAGCUGAAGAAGUGGGACUUUCUGCAUCUGAUAUGACAGAUGAUCUGAACUUCGCUGACUAUGGCGUUGAUUCUCUGCUCUCAUUGACUGUCACUGGUCGCUACCGCGAGGAGAUGAGUCUUGACCUUGAAUCAUCAGUCUUUAUUGAACAGCCUACGAUUAAGGACUUCAAGCAAUUGAUGGCGCAAAUGAGCCCCUCUGAAAGCAACAGCGACAUCUCAAGCAGUGAUAACGACUCCUCCUGUGCGGCAUCCUCUACAGAUAUCUCGACUCCUAACUCGAGCGGUCUUAGCUCGCCUACCAAUGAAAAGACUAUGACCCUCGAACAGAGUGACAGCAUGAAGCAAAUUUGUGAGAUUCUGGCCGAAGAGAUUGGCAUUCAACCAGGGGAGCUCGAAGGAGACUCAAACUUGGCUGAAAUGGGCCUAGACUCACUCAUGUCACUAACCGUCCUGGGCAAGAUCCGUGAGACUCUAGACCUUGAUCUGCCUGGUGAGUUUUUCAUUGAGAAUCAGACCCUCGAUGAAAUUGAGACCACCCUUGAUCUGAAGCCCACUGCUCCUUCUCAGCCCAUCAGACUACCUGAGCAGAUCUUGGCCGAGGCUCCAAAGCUUAGCAAUUCAACACCCCCUGCAACCUCGAUCCUGCUUCAGGGAAACCCCAAGAUAGCUACACAGAGUUUGUUCUUGUUCCCUGACGGCUCCGGAUCUGCCACUUCGUACGCUUCAAUUCCAGGAAUCUCGCCGGAUGUCUGCGUGUAUGGGCUGAACUGCCCCUACAUGCGCACCCCCGAAAACUUGAAGUUCAGCCUGGAUGAGCUCACACUCCCAUACGUGGCCGAAAUUCGCCGCCGCCAGCCUACUGGUCCUUACAAUUUCGGUGGUUGGUCAGCUGGAGGUAUCUGUGCAUACGACGCAGCUCGCCACCUGAUCUUCGAGCAAGGCGAGCGGGUUGAGCGUUUGUUGCUUCUCGACUCACCCUUCCCGAUUGGACUCGAGAAGCUUCCUCGUCGCCUUUACCGGUUCUUCGACUCGAUUGGUCUGUUCGGCGAGGGCAAGGCCCCUCCCCCGAAGUGGCUUCUUCCUCACUUCCUGGCCUUCAUUGACUCCUUGGAUGCUUAUAAGGCAGUACCUUUCCCCUUCAACGAUGAAAAACUCGCGGAGAAACUCCCGAAGACUUUCAUGGUCUGGGCCAAGGAUGGAGUCUGUAACAAGCCGAAUGAUCCUCGUCCAGCUCCUGCCGAGGAUGGCAGCCCUGAUCCUCGAGAGAUGCAAUGGCUGCUGAACAACCGCACCAAUCUGGGCCCGAAUGGAUGGGACACUCUCGUCGGACCCAAGAAUGUGGGCGGUAUCACGAUCAUGGAGGGUGCAAACCACUUCUCUAUGACUCAAGGCGAGAAGGCAAAGGAACUAUCGGCGUUCAUUGCUGGUGCAAUGAGCACAGUAUAG